AUGUCACGAGCUGCAGGUACUUUACAAACAACUUAUAAUGCUACUUAUUAUCCACCCUCACUCAUGCCAGGUUACCGAGGUCAUAUUCCAACUACUCAAUUUCAAUGUGGUGAAACAUUUGGUAAUACAUCAGCAAAAUAUUUUCAAGAUUAUCGUAGUGAAGCAUUGAAUUCAUCCAAAAGUCUUUAUGCAAGAGGAGGAUAUUUUCCAACACCAUAUACUCAUCAACCCGAACUUGUAAUGAGCGAUCGUCGUCGUAGUCGUGACCAAUAUCUUUAUACACCAAAAUAUGCGCUUAACAACACACAUGCUGACCGAACAAAUGAAAUAAGAAAAUUUUAUCAACUUUCACAAGAACAUCGUGAUACAUAUUCAGAUCGAAGUGGCACUUCACAUCCUGUUGAACAUUUUACAUUACCUGUAUCCAAUGACAGAAUGUAUGAAGCUAAUUUACCAUAUUCAUCAAUGUUACUUCGUCAUACAUCCACUAUUAACAUUCCUGUUGAUCGAAAUUUUCCACCGGUAAAAGAAGUGGCUAAACAAGGGAAUUUUAAAUUAUUUCAUCCGAUUAAUCAAACUUCGAAUAAUAUUCAAGAUUUAUCAAAACAACAGCAACAUUCAGCAAUAAAUACAAUGCAAACUGUUGAUUAUUUGUGUUGA